AUGGCAGAGAAGAUCCUGGUGACCGGCGGCGCUGGGUACAUCGGCAGCCACUGCGUGCUGGAGCUGCUGGAAGCCGGCUACGUGCCCGUGGUCGUGGACAACUUUCACAACGCCAUCCGAGGGGCAGAUGAGCUCCCCGAGAGCCUGCGCCGCGUGCAGCAGAUCGUGCAGCAGCCCGUGCUGUUCCAGGAGCUGGACAUCACGGACGAGGCGGCGCUGCGGGAGCUCUUCAGCAAGCACCGCUUCUCGGCCGUGAUGCACUUCGCGGGGCUGAAGGCCGUGGGGGAGUCCGUGCAGCAGCCCCUGCUCUACUACAGGGUGAACCUCACCGGGACCAUCCGGCUGCUGGAGGCCAUGGCCGCGCACGGCGUGAGGAACAUCGUGUUCAGCAGCUCCGCCACCGUCUAUGGAGACCCCAAGUACCUGCCCCUGGACGAGAACCACCCCGUCGGAGGCUGCACCAACCCCUACGGCAAAUCCAAGUACUUCAUCGAGGAGAUGAUUCGGGAUCUGUGCAGCGCAGAGAAGGACUGGAACGCUGUUAUCCUGCGCUAUUUCAACCCCAUCGGGGCCCAUGAGUCAGGCAUGAUUGGAGAAGAUCCCCAGGGGAUCCCCAACAACCUCAUGCCGUACGUGGCCCAGGUGGCAGUGGGACGCCGGGACGUCCUGAGUGUCUUUGGGGCUGACUACCAGACGGAGGAUGGAACGGGUGUCAGGGACUACAUCCACGUCGUGGAUUUGGCCAAGGGCCACCUCGCGGCUUUGAAGAAGCUCAGGGAGAACUGCGGCUGCAAGAUCUACAAUCUGGGCACGGGCACCGGCUACUCUGUCCUCCAGAUGGUCCGGGCCAUGGAAAAAGCCUCGGGGAGGGAGAUCAAGUACAGGAUCACGAGCCGGCGCGAGGGCGACGUGGCCUCCUGCUACGCUGACCCAGCGCUGGCCGCGCGGGAGCUGGGCUGGAAAGCUGCCUUCGGCUUGGACAAGAUGUGCGAGGACCUGUGGCGCUGGCAGCUGCAGAAUCCCACGGGCUUCAGCAAGAACUGAGCUGGGGGGUCCUGCCCGC